CUGGUUACCACCCGCCGUAAAACCAAAGAAGAAGAAGAAGAAGAAGACGAAGAAGAAGAAGGUUAACGUUAACGUUACCAAGGGCGAAACAUGGCGAUGCCGGCUAAGAAGGUUUUCGAGGCCUUCGUGUCUAAAAUCCCAUGGACUAUAGCUGGCAAGGAGAUGAGGGACUACUUUGGACAGUUUGGGACAGUGAAGAAGUGUCUUCUUCCCUUUAAUAAAGACACAGGCUUCCAUAAAGGCUUCUGUUGGAUCACAUUCACAUCAGAGGAAGGCCUGAGAAAUGCACUUCAGAAAGACCCGCACAUCCUGGAGGGAGCAAAGUUCCAGGUCCAGAGGAACAGACAUCCAUUUGAAAGGCCGAGUUCAAACAAAGACAGUGAAUAUGACUGAAGCUCUGCUGCUGUGUGGAGGAGAUGGCCAAAGAUGUCUUUCUUCUCCGGUUCACUAAGACUGUUUGUUUUUGCUGCCCAGCUGCUUGAUAUACCAGGGUUGGUGUAUAAUGUUCCAGUCUAAAAAAGGACCAGAGUGUCUUGUACACAUUCAGUCACCAUUAUUACCAUUGUUUUAGUGAGCUGUAGUAAUGUCUUUAUUAAUAGUCGUGUUGUACUUCCUGUAAACAUCCUGUCACACUGUCCCGCACCAUCAACAUAUAUAUAGCAGGGUAAUGCUAACAUGUAAGGUUUAUCAUCAUUCACUCAUUUCCAGUGUAUGGCAAUAAAAAGUGUUUAAAGCCAUUGCGUCUUACGUUGUUAGAUAAACGCUUUUUAUUUUGUA